UGUUGGCCAGGCUGCUCUCAAACUCCUGACCUCUAGUGAUCCUCCAGCCUCAGCCCCUAAAGUGCUGGGAUUACAGGCGUGAACCACCAUGCCCGGCCCAUUCAUGAAUUCUCAUUGGUCUCUAUGGCAGGCAGUUUUCUGGGGGCUGGAGAUCCAGCAGUGGGAAAAGCAAGGUGGCCACCUUGAAGCUUACGGAGGGAAAGGAGAUGCAGGCAGAUACAGGGAACUGAAAGUGCAAGGGCCCAAGAAGGGACUGCCAGGCAUCGCGCCUGAGAAUCAGCGAGGAGGCCUGUGUGGCUGGGGUGGGGAGAGCAAGCGUGGUAACCACGAGGGUGCCGGCAGGAUCCAGAGCUCACAGGGUCAGCAGGGCUGUGGUGAGGACUUUGACUUUGUCUCUGAGCAAGACAGAAGCCACAAGAGGCUCUGAGCAGAGAAGACAUGUGAUCUGACUCGGGCAUUAACAAACAGGGUGUGGGUUGUAGACUGGGGGUGGUGAAGGUGGAAGCCAGGGACCCAGAGGGGAGUUCACUAUAGUACUCUAGGCAGGAAGCGUCGGUGACGGCAGCAGAAUGCUGGCACUGGAAGAGCCAAGACAAUGCAAACUCCAGUGACCAUUCCUGUGCCUGUGCUCCGGCUGCCCCGGGGCCCUGAUGGCUUCAGCCGUGGCUUUGCCCCUGAUGGACGCAGAGCCCCCGUGAGGCCAGAGGUUCCUGAAAUCCAGGAGUGUCCCAUAGCUCAAGAAUCCCCGGAAUUCCAGGAGCAGCGGGCCCGAGCUGCCCUUCGGGAGCGUUACCUCCGCAGCCUACUGGCCAUGGUGGGUCAUCAGGUGAGCUUCACGUUGCACGAGGGUGUGCGUGUGGCCGCCCACUUUGGAGCCACCGACCUGGAUGUGGCCAACUUCUACGUGUCACAGCUGCAGACUCCCAUAGGUGUGCAAGCAGAGGCGCUGCUCCGAUGUAGUGACAUUAUUUCAUAUACCUUCAAGCCAUAAAGACAUUGUGUUCACUUUUCUGCUUGAGGCUAAGCCACCGUAUCCCAGGCCUCCCAAUGUUCCCAAGCCAGGAACUCUGGGCCCCAUGGAGUUAUGAGCUCCCUUGGAAUUUUCAGCCAAGCUUUAAGCAAGUCUGGACUCCUGAGACCUUCUGGGUCUAGUCAGUAAAAUUCUGCAACUCUAGGAAUUCUAAGAUUCCAUUGGAAGGAAUGCUCUACCUCACAGAACUCUGAACCCUACAGAAAUAUGGGCCUGCUGCCAUUUCUUGAAGACCAGGGCAUCGGGCUGGGGUGAUAAAGGAGACAACCUGCACAGGGGGACGUUAUUAAAGAGGCUGCAAAGUUCAGCCACCCUGAAGAUACUCCCCAGUGCUCCCCUCCUGCUAAAGAACCAGUUACCCCAGGAAAA